AUGACAUCACAAGGACUCCCAAAACAUGCCUUGCGGCAUCAUCCACUGCCUGAGGUGUGCCCAGCCACACCUGCGACUGAAAAGGAUGGCCAGAUCUCAAGGGAGUCUGAAAUCUGGAAGGAAUCAGAUCACCCUUCUGUUACUCCAGCUGAUCAUGGGAAUUCAUGGUCUCCUAGUCAGAGUUACGCCAACACCUCCACUGAAGACAGCUCAGUCUUCUCUUGGGGCUAUGAUGAAUUUGAUAAAGCUGCCACACAACAAGUUCAGCAAAUGUUCAGACAAAUUGAUGAGCUUCUCUAUGAGCAGAAAGAAAAUGUGCAUGUUGAGGGACUGCGGGAAGAAUGCCACCAGUGGACAUCCAACUUUCUUCAUCUCAGGGUUGUGGGGAAGCAGAUAGUGAUCCCCACAGAUGAAGGGUAUGGAUGGUAUUCAGGCUCACCUUCUGGCAGUUUAGGUUCCUCAGAUGCAAGUUCACCACAAGAAAAAGAUUCUAAUGAAUUUAGUGUUUUUGGCAAGAAGGUACCUCUUUCUGUUACUCCCGUUCACAAAAAGGCUGACCGUUCCAAGUCUCCGACCUUGUGUUCUCCAGAGAGCGAAGAAGGUGAAGAUGGAGUAAUUGUCUCUGAAGGCGUAAUGGAGGAAUAUUUAGCAUUUGACCGCAGAGAUGUCGAGGAGGAGUUGCAUGAGAGGAAAAUGGGACUGUCCUCUGGUAGAUGGAAAUUGGGGUUUCCUCCUAUUUCUCCAUCUUCCUGCAUGAAGGAUUCUGUGCUGACAUUUGUGUUUGAUGACGUGUGGAGUGAAGUCCUAGGCUGCAUGGAAGAAUUAAUCUGCAGACACUGGGAAGGGUCAGCCUCUGAUGAUGAGAAAAAUAUCGUAACAGUAGAAACAAUCAGAGCAGAUGCUGGAAGCCCUUUGCAGUUUGAUCCUCUGCCAGCAUUGUUACCUCGUAUGCCACAAACUAAAAUGCCCUCAGUGACAUCAAACCUGUGCCCAAAACCCAGAUGUGGCCGCAAAAGCAAAAAGAGGAGAAAAACACCUCAAGUAAAUCUCUCUCAAGGGUCAAGUACUGGCUCUCAGCGUAAUCUAAAUAGCUUGAUGGUGAUACACGGGAUCCAGUUACAGCAAAGGAAUCUGCCUGUAACAGAGAAAAUACUGGAUGUGGAUGACAAACGGCCAGGCUCCAGUUCCAUCCUCUCUAACAGAGUGUGGCCAAAUCGUCCUCUAGAGCUCAGCACAUCAUCCCUAUCGCAUUCCACAAGAAGGCGAAACCCACCACCACGUACCCUGCAUCCCAUCAACACAAGCCACUCUCGUACUGGGACCCCAGGGUCUGUGGACGAUGUCUUCAGGGGAACUCGACUUCUGACUGCACAUGAGCAGCUGACCUCGCCCUCCCCACUGCCACUAAGCCGAAAUAAUCUCCUACCACCUAUUACUACCACCAACACGGCAGAGCACACAAGCACUGCAGGAUCCCAAAGGCAAACGAAAUCUCGAGGGAACUCAAGUCGAGCUCACAGUGUAACAACACAUGAAGAUACCCACCAGCAGCUACAGGAGCGGCUUUUCUUACCUGAUCAUUUCUCCAGGCCUAACACAACCAACGCAUUCUUGCCAGAUCCACAGCAUCACCGUUCGUGCACUGUUAUUGAUUAUACUAAUCAAUCUUGGACAAGCAGAGGAUCAGCAGGUCCAGGUCUUCAGCUGCAUGGUUCUGUGAAACCCCACAGUCGAAGUGGAUCAGUCACAAAAAGCAAAAGGGGUUCUGACAUGCCAUGAAGAAGUAUCCAUCCAUCUCCAGAGAGUCAUGAACCACCUCUCAUUCUCAGCAACGUCAACAUUGUUUACAGAGAGUUUUCAAACACCCUUCUUCAUGAAUAGUUAUUUUUAUAAGUCUAAGAAGCAGCUGCCAAAGAUUAGAAGGGGUAUACUCAAACAUUCCAUUUUCUACUAGUAAAAAAAGUUAUAUUCCAGUGGGCAGUAAAGCCUAACACCUAGAAAAUCUAGCAAACAUUCUCAGUCAUUGCUGUUUUCCCAUUACUGGCUUGUGACUGGUUCAUGUUGUUACAGGCAGGUGCUGCAGAACCUGCUGGUUUUUUCAUUAGCUCUACAGAAGAUUAAUCAGGCCUUCCACAGUGGCAGUAAUUUAAUUUUUUAAAACUAUAUUUAUAUGUUUAAAGCAAUAUUAUGCUAUCAGAAGCAAGCACUGCACAUGAUACUGCUUCUACAACUCAACUUAGACAAGUUAUGAAUCCUGUAGUAAAUGCAGCAGAUAUUAACACAGUUGUGUAAAAAUAAGGUAGCAAACCAGAUGAACAGAAUUGACCACUUAGCAGUAGCACACCACUGACUUGUCCUGUAUUAUAUACUUAUACCUCUUCCUUGGUGGCUGAAGAAGGUUUAAGAGGCAAAAAGGAGUCUCUUCCUACAAGUCAUUCCAGACAGUAUUCAAAGAAAGUACAUUAUUUUCCUGGUGAGAUAUUUUAUGGUAAUUUCAUGGAAUAGGUUAGUCUCCCUUUCUAACAAUACCUGCAGUUACAUAAGAUUUCUGUACUCCACCAUGAAGUUCCACAACCCACAGAUGCAAUGUAGCUUUUAGGAGAUGUGUUCUGCACUGUGUGACAACAUACCAGAGGUAUUAGCUCUAGUUGUCCUUGUGGCUCCAAAUACAGCAAAAACAUGAAGUACAAGCUUCUCAGAAUAAACUAUUAGUUGAAAGUCUUACUCCCAAACAGAAAGUGCCAGACUGCAAGUAAGUGUAAAGACAAGGUGAGGAUAACCACUUACUGUAUUUUAACAACGUUAGGAUACCACACAAAACCAGUUGUUCCCUUAUAAUCCAAUUACAGAGCACUUUUUCCUAAAUUUCCUUAUUAAUGUUUUCCAAAUUACAAUUCAUAAUGGGAAAGACUUGUCAGUAUUCUUUAUGAAGUGGCUCCCCUAUUUCCCCACUCUGAGUUAUGCAAGCUAAGUUAUGCCAGUCCAGUUGAUCCAAGCAUGCUGUAAUCAAAAAGAAGGGAAAAGAAGCCAAAGCAGAAUUGUGCAAAUGUAACUGGGUUAACUUUCCUUUGCAUUUCUAGAGGGUAAAAGCAGCUAUUGUCUCAAUCUACUUAAGUUUGCAUAGAGAUAAAUUGAUGCUAAAGGGAGGCCUCUAUUCACUAAACCCUUUCAAAAAUAGAAUUUCUCUUAACAGUUAAAGACUACUGGAACAUUGUACAGUGUGUCAUUUAGUUAUGUCAAGCUACCUGGAGAUAAGCGUCCCGUUUCUAUCAGUGCCAUUCCUCAGGGACCAAAUUAGUUUUCUGUAGCCCUAGUGCAUAAGGCUCACAAAAACAUACAAAUAAACUAGAAGAGACUUCUAGAAACAAUGUAUUAUUUUAUAGCUUAGAGUAGUCAGUGUGUUAAAAAAGUGAAAGCAGUCUCAUAAGGUAAUUUUUGGUUUCUGUACAAGUGGUUGACACCAGAGCCUUCUCCUUGGCUGUUAGAUAACUAUUUUGUACAGUAAAAGUAAUGUUCAGGCCACAUGUUAUGCAACGUAAGGACAUGCUGUACUCUCUCAGCAUCAGGAUAAUUUUUGAAAGUAGCCAAGUAAAAGGGAACAGAGUUACCGUCUACCUCUAGCUUCCCCCCAGGAAGCUCUAUUAAAUAGUUAGUUCCUGAAUGCUAUCAGUGAGGCAAUGAGGACCUUCAACUCAAAAGUAAGUGUUCACCCUCUGGCUCAUAAGCCUUUGAAAAAUGAUCCACAAGAUAAAGCCAGGCUCAUUCCUUUGAGCUAUAGUAAGUUGAAAACUAGUUACCCUUCAAAUUUAUACCUUUGCACACUAUGUCAAAUAGUUUAAAAACAGCUGAAGCAAAAAACUUCAAAGUAUUUGCACAUCUUACAGAAACAAUUUGCUUCUGAAAUAACAGAAGUGUUGACAAAUACAAUGAAGUAGCUAAUCACUACCAUCCUACAGCAGACUUGACGGUGAUGCUAUUGAAAUAACAUGCAAUACAUUUCUAAGCUUUGGAACUCCUUGUCAUGUGACAUCACAAACCCUAGAAAUACAGAGGACCAACUCUGUUCUGUGGAUUUUUAAGUUUAUUACUUCACCUCAGUGUGUUAGAGAAUUUCUGCAUAGUCAUAUACAUGCUGCAGUCUCAUAUUCUUCCCAAGGCAUGUGCCACAGACAGUCAAAGACUGAACACUAGGUGGCCCUUUCAUCUAAUGCAGCAUCACCAGCACAUAUGCCACAGUUAACAAUAUAGCCAUAUUUUCAGCUGCUAUAGAAGUAUGUAGUAUUUACUUGACUUAACAGUCAGAAGAGUCAACGUGAUCAGUUUGUUUUGAACAGCUACUUAGAAAACAGAGAGGACUGGAGAAGCAACAUAGCACAGAAUUCUGCAAGAACUCUUCAUUUAUUAAGUCUGCAAUUUUCCAAAGUAUCUUUAUAAAACUACUGGAAUAUCUGAAAAACACCUGUUGGGCUGAAGUGCAAGACCUUCAAAAACAGCAGGUGUGUUACAAAAGAAGUGUGUGAACAGCAAAAAAAUACAAGGUUUCCAACUCAGAAACCACAGGAAUCGGCAUUAAAGACUCUCAAAGGUGUAGGAUUACAUCAUUUUACCAUCAGCUGUACCAAUACAAAUUAGCUGUUUGGAAGGAAGGUGCUUCAACACAAGUUUAAUAAACACACCGCCAUCCCAAACAUCACACUGCUUCCUCACUGUAACAAAACUUUUAGUCAAGAAUCUGUUUGAUCUUAACUGAAGAGCACCCAAAGGAUUUUAAACAAUAGCACCAGAAUGCUUUGUCUUUCUUGUUGAUGAUGGUUCUGUGUCAUACCUCCCAGUCACAGCAAGUUGAUGCACACACACUCCAAAACAGUAGCCCAGAAAAACUCUGAAAUUCUCCUAAAUCUGCAUGUUCCCAUACAAAGUGAUACCUGAUAUUU